CGUCUGACGUCACCGGGCUCCGUCUCGUUCCUGCUUCGGUUGGAGACCAGAGCAGCUAGCCGAGAAGCUAACCAGCCGCGUUUUCUUCAUUUGUUGUUUUAUAAACGUUUCUAAAGACGCAGUUCUUAUAAAGUCUGUUUCUGCUUCUGAUUCUACCGGAUAUUACCCGCCGACAACUUUACCCCGACGUCGUUUUUCCUCCCCGGGCUCCGGAGGAAACACUGAGCCAUGUACAAUGGGAUUGGCCUGACGACUCCGAGGGGCAGCGGCACCAAUGGCUACGUGCAGCGCAACCUGUCCACCCUGCGCGUCAAACGUCCGCGGGACGAGCGCGGCGGCGAGCGGGACGAGAAGGACCGCGAGAGGCUGGAGAGUCAGCUCAACAGGCAGCCCAACGCCGACAUCCUGGAGCACCAGAGGAAGAGACAGCUGGAGGUCAAAUGUGCCGAGCUGCAGGACAUGAUGGAGGAGCAAGGGUAUUCAGCCGAGGAGAUCGAGGAGAAGGUGAACAGUUUCCGUAUGAUGCUGCAGGAGAAGGAGGAGCCGGUUCCCGCCGCCAACGAAAAGCCAACGGUGACGGAGACUCACGCUCUGGCUGCAGCCAACCAGCAGAAGAACGACCGCCUUCGCGCCGCUUUUGGCAUCGCCAGCGACUACGUGGACGGAUCGUCCUUCCACGCCGACCGCAAGGAGAGGGAGAAGGAGAAGAGAGAGCAGGAGCGGCUGGAGAAGGAGCGGCUGCAGCAGCAGAAGUACACGUUGGUGGAAGAUUCAGACAAUUCAGAUUCUCCUCCCAAGAAGCGCAGCCGGAAGAAGAAAAAGAAAAACAAGAACAGAGACAGCAGCUCAGAGAGUCCGUCCCCAUCUCCUCGACGAGAGAAGAAAAAAUCCAAGAAGAAGAAGAAGAAACGUGAGGCGUCAGAAGACGAGGAAGAAGACGACAGUUCCUCAGAGGAGAAGCAGAAGGUGUCAAAGACGAAAAGAAAGAAGAGUGAAAGUCCCAGUCCUCCGAAAGCAAAGGCAGUGCGACACAGGAGCGUCUCCUCCAGCUCUGCUCACAGCCAAUCUCCACCUCCACCGAGAUCACGUCAGCUGGAUCAAAGCGCAAGAAAAGCCGAUGAAGGCAGAAAAGGGAGAUCGCCAGAACGGAGGAGACGGGGCUACGAGGAGCACAGCCCACAUCAUCAGGGAGGAGAAGGGAAGAGGCCAAAUCUCGAGAGAGAGAAAGAGCGACCGAUUGAGACGGAGAAGACGUCCGCCAAGAGGAGACAUGACUCCUCAUCUCCUUCACCACCACCACCACCACCACAGACAGAAAAAAGCAGGGAGAGGGAGAGAGGGAGGAGAUCCAGAAGCAAACAGAAGGAGAGCGACAGAGGGAGGCGCUCCAGAAGCAGAGAGGUGGAGAAAAAGAGGCGUUCCAGGAGCAUAGAAAACGAGAGGGAGAAAGGGAGGCAUUCAAGAAGCAAAGAGAAGGAGAGGGAAAAAGGGAGGCGCUCCAGAAGCAGAGAGAUGGAGAAAGGGAGGCGGUCGAGGAGCAGGGACAACGAGAGGGAGAGAGGGAGGCGUUCAAGAAGCAGAGAUGUGGAGAAAAGGAGGCCUUCGAGGAGCAGAGACGUGGAGAAAGCGAGGCGUUCAAGGAGCAGAGAAAAGAGGGAUAAAGGAAAAGAGAGCGCUCCUCAGCGGACCAGACACGACUCCUCCUCAUCCCCUUCUCCUUCUCCUCCACCUCCGCCUAAACAGGAGACCAGGAGGGAAAGGAGCAGAGACGCUGAGCGGGAAAAAGACAGAAAUAAACUGGACAAAAAGACGAGACACGACUCCACAUCCCCCUCGCCUCCGCCGGAGAAGGAGAGGGCGAGGACAGAGAGGAGUGGGGAGAGGGAGCGCAGGACUGAGAGAGAUCUGCCCUCGAGGACGACGAAUGAGAGGGACAACAGGAGAGACGCCGGGAGGAGACAGGAGAGAGAGACGUCUCCUUGCCAACAGAAAAACGACAGGAGGAAGGAUGGACAGCCGUCCCACAAUUCCCUGUCACCUGCCUCCCGCUCACCUGUCAACAACAGGCGCCAGAGAGAAAGGGAGGAGGAGAGGAGACGGGAGGAAGACAGGGAGAGCACUAAGGAGAGGGACAGGCACGUGAACAAGCAGAGCGAACAAGACAGAGAGCGAGGACGAGAAGGCAGCAGGAAGAGAGACGAGGCCCUCCGAGACGGGUCGAGACCGGCGGAGAAAGCCAGACGCCCGGAGACGAAGGAGAGCCAGGAGAAGACGAGGAGUCCUCCGAGAAAGGAGAAACGCGACGACAAGGCGAAACAGGCGGAGAAAAAGAGGGAGAGCAGCAGCAGCAGCAGCGGCAGCAGCAGCAGCGGCAGCAGCAGUGACAGCGAUAGUGACAGCUCCUCGUCCUCCUCCUCUUCUUCAUCGUCCUCCUCGUCCUCCUCCUCUGAAGAUGAGGGCAAGGCGAAGGCGGCAGGGAGGGAAAAAAGUAGCCCCUCGAAAGGAGCGCCACCCGCUAUCGGGGCUGCGGUCCAGAAGCAUGUUGCCAACGGCAGAAAGGAAAGCCCGGCCUCGGCCUCCGAGGGAGACGCACUCAGACGAGCCCAGAAGGAGGCUGGAGGAGACAAACGUGAGCGGGAAAGACCUCCUGCCCAAAGAGCUCCUGCUGAGAGUUACCCGUCCCCGGCCAAAGGUCAGGAGCGAUACAGCCCCACUCAGAUGGACAGCCCCAGUCCGCCUCCGUCCCCGGCCAACAGAGCGGACGCCAGCCGAGGCGGCAACAGGUACUCCCCCUCCGAGGCCGAAACGGAGAGAACGAGGGCGGAGAAAGUCCGGGAAAGGGAGAGAGGGAGGGAGAGGGACGCAGCCAGGAGGCCAGCGAGGUCCAGCCCCCCGGCCAGGAGGUCCAGCCCCUCGGCCAGGAGGUCCAGUCCCUCAGCCAGGAGGUCCCGCUCUCCACCACCCCAGAAAACCUCAACCAUCUCCCCAGCCCGGCGCACUCCACCCAGACAGUAUCAGGAACCCCCAACCCGAGCCAGGAGAGCUUCUCCUCCUCCAGCCUGGUCAGACCGGGACCGGGAGAGAGAGAGGCAGCGGGACAGAGAAAGGGAUAGGGAUAGGGAGAGAGAGAGAGACAGAGAACGCGAGCGGGUUGCCAGGAGGAGCAGGUCCAGAAGUCCAAGGAGGCGCAGCAGGUCCAGGUCCAGAAGUCCAAGGAGGCGCAGCCCCCCCAACAGGACUCGUCGCUCUCCGUCUCCACAGCGGCGAAGGAGGAGCAGUCGCUCCCUCUCCAGAGAAAGAGCGAGAGAAAGGGAACAUUUGAGGCUCCGGCUGAGGGAGGCAGAGCAAGAGAGACAAAGGGAAAAGGAGCAUUUGCCACCAAAAGAGGUUCCCCAACCCCACCGGUCCUCUUCCUCCUCCUUCCUCCAGUCCUCCUCCUCCUCUUCGUCCUCACCUUCACCGCCGCGAGAGAAGAAAGACACCAAAGCACUAACGGAGAGAGACAGAAGAACGGAGCGGGAGGUGGAGAAAGACAGAGAGCAGAAAGGUCGAUCCUCCUCUUCACAGGCUCCCUCCAGAGACUCCUCCCACGCACCCAGCUCAGGUAGAAGAGGCUCCCAGUCCGACUCCAGGCGCUCCGAUGUGACCUCCAGGAGGUCUCCGGCCGGCAGCCGACCAGAAACCAAACAGCCGUCACGAGGUUCGAGCGGGAAGCAGUCGCCGGUGACGGCCCCCCAACCACCAGACCAAACAGCCAGAAGUGAGAGCGCCGUAAACGGGAAGGAGGCAAACGGGAACAAGAAGGGCAGCAGGAGCAGCAGCUCAAGCUCCUCCUCCUCUUCGUCAUCCUCCUCUUCAUCCUCCUCUUCAUCCUCCUCUUCAGACAGCUCUGACUCCGAAGGGGAGCAAGGAAAAGGGAAGACCAAGGCUCAAAGCUCUCCUUCCUCAUCCUCCUCAUCGGAGAACGAAAAGGAAACUAAGAAAAAGAGCCCCGCCAGGUCCGGGAGGGAGCCGGCUGAUUCCCUCAGAGAUUCUCGCUCACUCAGUUAUUCUCCUCCGAGAUACAUGAGAGCGCCGCCCUCGCCGAGCCGCAGGAGCGGCAGCAGGCCGUCACCGAGCCGCUCGUCAAGCAGCAGGCGGAAGAAAUGAGGUUGACCUCUUCAGGCGCUGCACUUCUUCUCCUUCUGUGUUUCUGUUUUUGUUUUCCUUUUUCCUGUUCACCUCCAGCUGGUUUGAAAUGGACUACAACGCGGACUACAACGCGGACUACAACAGCCAGCAGCCCAGUAGAUGUACGUCUGUGAACGUCAGCGGACUCGCUUCGGUUCUGAGCCGCCGACCAGCCGAUCAGCAGCGCGCUUGUUUUUUACAGCAACGAUGAGCGGAGGCUGGCUUGUACAUUUCUUCUUUUUAUGAGCUGAAUAAGACACACACACACACACACACACACACACACACUCAGUUAAAUACUCUAACAACGUCCCUCUCUACCUGUACCGUUGGUUGCGUUCUACCUGUAGAUAUGAGCUGUCUGUAUUUUGGUUAUUAUCAUGUAACAGAUAAUCGAUUUCCAUUUAAUGUGAGCAGAAACUGAAACGUGGAUAAUUUCUUUGUUGGAAAUGGUUAAUAAUAAUAAAAAGCAAUUGUACAUUUUA